CGCCGCUGUGCCCACCCCCUCGCCGGAGAGAGUACUAGUAACUCCUUCCCCAGAGUCUGAUUACCUGCUCCGCCUGGCCGUGGACACGUGCGCAGAGCCGACUGACACUCGCAGCCCCCUCGGGAGGCCGGACGCGACUGGGCCCCUCAGGUGCAAUGAUUCUGGACUGAGACACGCUUGGGCAGAUGCUAUGUAAUCGUCUCUGUCUGUGCUAAGGACUUCGCUUCGGAGAGGAAAGAGGAGGGAUCGGCUCGCGGCGGCGGCGACUCUGCAGGCGGAGUUUCGCAGCGGCGGCACCAGGGUUGCGCCAGCCCCGCAAGGAGGUCGCUCCAACCAGCCUCCACAGCCUCGAGAGCCCCAGAGUCCAAGCGCCUGAGCCGGCAGGAGGCAAAGAAAGCGAGACCGAGCUCCGGGGAACCCCGGAGGAGGCGAGCAGCGGCCGCCAGCUAGUUGAGCGCACCCCCAACCCGUCCCAGCAGCGACGCGCCCGGCGGCGUCCAGGCGGCAUGGAGAAGGACGGCCUGAGCCGCGCGGACCAGCAGUACGAAUGCGUGGCGGAGAUCGGGGAGGGCGCCUAUGGAAAGGUGUUCAAGGCCCGAGACUUGAAGAACGGAGGCCGUUUCGUGGCGUUGAAGCGCGUGCGGGUGCAGACCGGCGAGGAGGGCAUGCCUCUCUCCACCAUCCGCGAGGUGGCAGUGCUGAGGCACCUGGAGACCUUCGAGCACCCCAACGUGGUCAGGUUGUUUGAUGUGUGCACAGUGUCACGAACUGACAGAGAAACCAAACUAACUUUAGUGUUUGAACAUGUCGAUCAAGACUUGACCACUUACUUGGAUAAAGUUCCAGAGCCUGGAGUGCCCACUGAAACUAUAAAGGAUAUGAUGUUUCAGCUUCUCCGAGGUCUGGACUUUCUUCAUUCACACCGAGUAGUGCAUCGUGAUCUAAAACCACAAAACAUUCUGGUGACCAGCAACGGACAAAUAAAACUCGCUGACUUCGGCCUUGCCCGCAUCUACAGUUUCCAGAUGGCUCUAACUUCAGUGGUCGUCACGCUGUGGUACAGAGCGCCCGAAGUCUUGCUCCAGUCCAGCUACGCCACCCCCGUGGAUCUCUGGAGUGUUGGCUGCAUAUUUGCAGAAAUGUUUCGUAGAAAGCCUCUUUUUCGUGGAAGUUCAGAUGUCGAUCAACUAGGAAAAAUCUUGGACGUAAUUGGACUCCCAGGAGAAGAAGACUGGCCUAGAGAUGUUGCCCUUCCCAGGCAGGCUUUUCAUGCAAAAUCUGCCCAACCAAUUGAGAAGUUUGUGACAGAUAUCGAUGAACUAGGCAAAGACCUACUUCUGAAGUGUUUGACAUUUAACCCAGCCAAAAGAAUAUCUGCCUACAGCGCCCUGUCUCACCCAUACUUCCAGGACCUGGAGAGGUGCAGAGAAAGCCUGGAUUCCCACCUGCCUCCCAGCCAGAACACCUCGGAGAUGAAUACAGCCUGAGGUUUCAGCAGCUGCCUUAAGCUGAUCCUGCAGAGAACACCCUUGGUGGCUUCUGGGUCCCCCUGAGCAAGCCCUACAGAGCUGUGGAGAAUUGCUGUCUGGAGGCCUUCCAGCUGCUGUCUUCUGGACAGGCUCUGCUUCUCCAAGGAAACCGCCUAGUUUACUAUUUUGAAAUCAAUGCAAGAGUGAUUGCAGCUUUAUGUUCAUUUGUUUGUUUGUUUGUCUGUUUGUUUCAAGAACCUGGAAAAAUUCCAGAAGAGAAGCUGCUGACCAAUUGUGCUGCCAUUUCAUUUUUCUAACCUUGAAUGCUGCCAGUGUGGAGUGGGUAAUCCAGGCACAGCUGAGUUAUGAUGUAAUCUCUCUGCAGCUGCCGGGCCUGAUUUGGUACUUUUGAGUGUGUGUGUGCAUAUGUGUGUGUGAGAGAGAGAGAUUCUGUGAUCUCUUAAAGUGUUACUUUCUAUAAACAACAAGAAUAAUUGAAUUUUAAAGACUCAAGGUGACCGGUAAAUAACAGUCAUUUGUUCACUGAAGGUGAUUCACCAAAAUGGUGUUCUCAGAUCAGAAAGUAAAGCCCUUGUCCUCAGCAUUUCUUUUCUGGCCAAAAGCAGUAAAUUUGCUAGCAGUAAAAGAUGAAGUUUUAUAUACACAGCAAAAAGGAUAAAAAAUUCUAGUAUAUUUUAAGAGAUGUGCAUGCAUUCUAUUUAGUCUUCAAAAUGCUGAAUUUACUUAUUUUAAGUCUGUUUUAACCUUCUAUAUGAUAAUCGUGCUUCAAUAUUUCUUUUGGAAAAUACCCUAUAAGCUUUUUAUUACUUGCUAUAGAUUUAGGGAGUGUACCUCAGAUAGGUUUUAAAAAAUAGCCUAUAUUUCCUAGUUUGAAAUUCCUUUAUUUCCUUUACCUUUUUUUUUUUUUUUCCUUUUUUUUUUUUUUCUCAGUCGUGGUUGUUGUUGUUGUUAUUUGGUUUUUGUUUUUAGGAAUGUGUCAGAUAUUGUUUCCUGUUUUGGUUUGGAGAGUAGUUCUCACUCUAACUAGAGACAGGAGUGACCUUUACAUUCUCCUCAUCUAUUACACUGUACUUUCUGCCACACACUGCCUUGAUAGCAAAGUAUCCAUCCUGUCUAUCUCCCAGCACUUCUGAAAUAUAUUGCUACCACUGUAUAACCAGUAACAGAUUGCUUAAGCUGUCUCCAUGCACCACCUGUUAGCUUGCUUUCAAUGAACCUUCCAUAAGUUCACAGUCUCAGAUUAUGGUUUAUGGCCUCAAUUCUGCAAACCUAACAGGGUCCCAUAUGUUCUCACUCUAAUGCAGUCCUUCUAGCUGGUGUUCACUUUUGUUACCUAAACAAUGAGUAGGAUCUUGUUUUAUUUUAUCACCAGCACAUAAAUUGCUAUAAACUCUUACUUUGUGUUUUAUAUUUUUAUAGAAGAUAUUGUCAGUGUCUUUAUCUGAGGGUAUGUCUUUAGCCAUGUUUCAGGGGUAUGUUACUCUAAUCAAAUGAUCUUUCUCCAUCCCCCAGGCUGUGCUUGUUUCUAGUGCCUUGUGCUCACUCCUGCUCUCUACAGAGCCAGCCUGGCCUGGGCAUUGUAAACAGCUUUUCCUCCUUCUCCUACUGUUUUCUCUACAGUCCUUUAUAUUUCACACCAUCUCUGCCUUAUAAGUGGUUUAGUGCUCAGUUGGCUCUAGUAACCAGAAGACAUAGAAAGUAUCUUUUGGGAAAUUUAGCCACCUGUGCUUUCUGACUCAAGUUCAGAGUGCAUGCAACAGUUAGAUCAUGUUUAGAAUUAGGAUUUUCCAAGAAUGGUUGUUGCGACACUCAGAAAAUAAUUCAGAUGAUAUUUAUGCAUUAUCAAGUUGUACUGAAUACUUUGCAGCUUAAUAUGUUAUAUGACUAUCUUGACAAGAGAAAAAACUAGAUGUUUCUCCUGAAGAGCUUUUGGGGUUGGGAACUAUUCUUUUUUAAUUGCUGUAUUGUUUAACAUUGUUCUAAUUCAGUAGCUUAAGGAACAGGAAAUUGUUUUCUAAAGGAAGAUAAUAAAGAAGAUGGGCCAUACACAUGUUUUCUACUUCCAUUGUGACAACACUGGUUACAUGUUGUCAGCAUUAUAAAUGCUUGAGACAUAAUAAAUCCACAGCAUUCAAGGUCAGGUCUACUCGAAGUCUCACAUGGAAAAGUGAAUUCUGCCUUUCCUUUGAUUGAGGGUCAGAAUACAAAGACAGUUUUGCUGGGGCCUAGAAAUUGAAUUUUAAAACUCACUGCACUGAUUCAUCCUGAGCUUUUUGGUUAGUAUUCAUGGCUAGAGUGAACAUAGCUUUAGUUUUUGCUGUUGUAAAAAUGUUUUCAUAAGUUCACUCAAGAAAAAUGCAGCUGUUCUGAACUGGAAUUUUUCAGCAUUCUUUAGAAUUUUAAAUGAGUAGAGAGCUCAACUUUUAUUUCUAGCAUCUGCUUUUGUCUCAUUUCUAGGCAGUGCUUGUAAAGAAAAAUUAAAGCACCAACAUUCUGGCAUUCAAUUGUUGGUAAAUUAUCUUCUGAUGACACAGGAUGAAAGGGCAUCUCUCAGCCUGUCCGAACUUUGUAAAAAUCUGUCCCCAGCUCUUGCAUCAUUGUAGUUAUUGCAUUUGAGUGAAUAUCCUCUUGACUUAGGUAUUUUAUGUCCAGAUUCACCAUUUCUGAAAUCCAAAUCCAACACAAAUUGCCAUUAGGGCAUUUUGAAGCAGAUAGUAGAGUAAGAACUUAGUGACUACAGCUUAUUCUUCUGUAAUAUAUGGUUUUAAACAUCUUUGCCAAAAGCUAGGCAGCGGUUAAUUGAAACGGGCAUACUGCCCCAAGGUUACACUGAAGCAGCUCAUAACAAGUAAAAAUAUUGUGACAGAUUUGAAAUCAUGUUUGAAUUUCACAGUAGGACCAGAACAAGGAUGUGCCUGCUAGUUUCUGUUUGAUGUUAGAGUUCUGGUGGCCCAGACAUUUUGGGAACUGUUGCACAGGGUGGAGUCAAAACAACCUACAUAUAAAAAGGAAAACAGAGAAAUCUGUCCGUUUAGCUUUCAUAAGAAAUCCCACGGCAAAGAGUAAUAAAAAGGACCUAAUCUUAAAAACACAGUUUCCAAGCAUAAGAACCCAAUGGGUUGGAGCCUCCCACUUUGUCCCUUCUUUGAAGUGGAUGGGAACUCAAGGUGCAAAGAAUCUGUUUUGGAAGAAAGCUUGGGGCCAUUUCGGCCCCCUCUAUUCUCAUGAUUUUCUCUUAGGAAGCACACACUGUGAAUGUUAAUUUAGCCCCAGGUGACUUACUAAAAAUAGUUCAAAAUUAUUCACCUAAGAAUAGAAUCUCAACAUGAAAGCUUUAGAAUGCAUAAGAUGUUCCUAUCUCAAAGAAAGCAUGUUUCUCUUCCAUAGAGAAAUUUAUAGUUUGACUCCAGAAUGUGGUACUAUCCAUCUUGAUGAGAAAACUCUUAAAUAGUACCGAACAUUUUGAAUUUUAAAUUAUGCAUUUAAAGUGAGUGUUUAAGAAACUGUAGCUGCUUCCUUUAAAAGUGGUGCCUAUUAAAGUCAGUAAUGGCAAUUAUUGUUCCAUUGUGGAAAUUAAAUUACAUAAGCUUCCUAAUAUCAUAAACAUAUUAAAAUUCUGUGUUAGACAAUUUCACUAUUCUUAUGAUAAGCACAUGAGAGUGUCUCACAUUUUCCAAAAGCAGGCUUUUAUUGCAUAAUUGGGUCUAGGAAAAAAUAAUGUUAAAAGUUAACAUGCCACCAUAAUUACUUAAUUAUGUUAGUAUAGAAACUGCAGAAUAUUUACCUUGGAAAGAAAAUAUUGGAAUAUUAUUAUAAACUCUUAGAUAUUUAUAUAAUUCAAAAGAAUGCAUGUUUCACAUUGUGACAGAAAAAGGUAUACGAUUUCUAAGGCUUUAAAAAUUAUAAAACAGUGGGCAAUAAAUAAAGGAAAUUCUGGAGAAAAUGAAAGUAUUUAAAGGGUAGUUUCAAAGUUAUAUAGAUUUUGAGGGAUAUAUUCUUUAUGAACAAAUUCUUAUGAAAAAUUCUUUAUAAAAAAAGUAUAAGAAUUUAUACUAAGGUCAUCUGGCAACUGUGGGAUUAAUAUGGUCAAAAACAAAUUUUAUGAAGAAACUGUUCCAAGCAAAACGAAAUCAUCUGUACUUUUUUUCUCAUUUCAAGGGAAGAGGCAGCCACAUCAAGCAGUACUUCUUACACAUGCCUAAGAAUGUUCAUUGAAAAAAUAAAAAUAAAUUUUUCAAAGGCAUGUGUUUCCUAUGCCACCAAUACUUUUGAAAAAUAGUGAACAUUACUACCCAAAACCAUUUAUCAUGUCCAUUAAGUACAUUUGGGUAUAUAAUUAGGAAGAUAUUUACAUGUUCCUUCUCCACAGUGGAAAAACUUAUUGAGGCUACCAAAGCCUGCCAAGAAAUUAAGUCCUCAGAAUAAUUAUAAAUGCCGUUUUCCUCAAAAGCAUGAGAAACUAGCAUUUUCAUUUCUUACUGACUUCCUUUCUAUAUCAAUGCAAUUCACAACCCAAUUUUAAUACAUAACUAUAUCUCAAGCAUUUCUAUCUCGUACUUUUUCAGAAAAUAAACCAAAAAUAGUCCUUUGGCCUCUCUCUCUUCUGACCUUUGUAAGCAACAGAAAUGUAGAAACAGAAGGGAUCCAAUUUGUGAAUGUUUUUUCUCGACUAGUCUUUCUGGGGAUUUUUGUUUAUUUUCUUAAUGAAGUACCAAUCAGAUCUUCAAAAUGCUUUCUAUUUCUUAGCAUUCCCAGGAAGUUAUAACAUUUAGAUAAAUGAGUAGAAGUGGAUUUCCUUCAACAUAUUGUUACCUUGUCUAGCCUUAGGAAGAAAAGAAGAACCACCUGAAAAUAAAUACAGGCUCUUUUCGAGCAUCUAUUGAAAUAUUAUUACAGUAAUUUGAAGUUAAUAUGGUAGGAAAAGAAGGUGGCUUUCUUGGCAAAAGUCUUUCUAAAAAUUUACACUGUCCUAAGAGAUGAGCUUUCUUGUUUUAUUCCAGUAUAUUCCACAAGAUGCCACUUUUAGAGAAAAACAAAUUCGAUGAAUACUAAAGAGUUACUUCUAAAAGAGAUUUCAUUCUAACUUUAUUUUUCUGCACAUAUUUAACUGUUUCCUAGCAUUUGUUUUUUUGGGGUGAUUACUAGUCUUUAUAAUGUUCUGUAACUUCAUUAUUUUACUUGUUAUCUAGGUUCUGAACAGUUGUCUGCAAAUGAAUUGUGCUUAAGGAUGGAUAAUACACUCAUUUUGACCAUUUAAGUAAAGAAAGCAUAGUCAUGUCAUUUAGUCAAGAAACAUUUUUUGAGGUACCUAAUUACCUUACUUUUCUAAAGUAAAAUAGGCUUUCUUACUAAAAAGGCAGCCCUCAUCUGUGAACAGGAUAGUUUCAUUAGAAGUAUAAAACUCCUUUGGUGGCCCCAGUUAUAACAUACAUACCCUCUCUGCUGCUUUCACAUUCACUAGCAUGGUGGCCUUUCAACACUGAUUAAAGUUUAAAAUCCUAAUUUAAAGAUCAGGUGAGCAAAAUAAAUAACACAUCAGUAAUUCGGUAAACAAAACUUUUGUCUGAAGAAUUGGUAUAUUGAAACAGAGCCCUAAAAUACCAAAAGACCUUGUGAUUUUUUUACGUUUGUGUAAUCACAAAUGUAAAUUCAUAAGUAACUCUAAUUUUUUAAAAAAAAUCUAAAUAUGAGCAUAACAUAGGAGUGUGUCUACUUAUGUAUUUUCUUCACUUUUGAAGUUUUUUGGCAACUUUAUACAGAGAUUUGUUUAAAUUCACAAGUUUACUUAAGUACUCCUUAUCCCCCAAAUGAUUAAUUUUAGGAGUCACCUUCCUCACAACAGUGUCACUUGAAAUUUAGUAGGGACGGACGUUGCAGUGUUUUUCAGUUUCCUUAGCACAGCACCACAGAAAGCAGAUUAUUCCUUCUGAGUGGCAGACACUCGACGGUGCGUGCCCAACUUUCCUCCAGAGUGGCAAGCAGAUGAGUCUCAGUAAUUCAUACUGAACCAAAGUGCCACAUACACUAGAGGCAGUCAGAAGACCACAGAGAAAUCCCCCCGCCUCAUUUGCUCCUCUGCUCCCAAGAACUAGAGUCCAGUUAAAGCCCCCAUGUGAAAGGCCGAAUUUCACCCCCGGGUUUGUUAUCAGUGGCCAGUCUUAACUCUAUUUGCUCGUGUUCAAAACUUGACUCCCACUUGAAAGCCUUCCGGGUGCGCUGCCUCGUGGCCCUGCCCCUUCGGCAGGAGUGGCAGUGGGCGUGGCCGGCUGGGGCCCCGCCUCCCGCUCACCUACUGGUGUCUGAAAUGAUGUGCGGCUCUGCGGGCUGCUGUCCGAGGUCAGAGUGCCCUGCUGCUGUCUCAGAGGCACCUGUUCUGCAAAUCUUAGGAAGAAAAAUGUCCCUAGAAGCAAACGGGUGUCUUCUGUGCAUGUACAACACAAUUCUCCGAAAGUUCGGGUAAAAAGAGAUGCUGUAGCAGCUGCUGUGUGCGAAGCUGUCUACCCCGCAUCUCUCAGGCGCUAAGCUCAGUUUUUGUGUUUUGUUUUUGUUUUUGUUUUUUUAAGAAAAGAUGUAUACUUGCAGGAAAGAUUUUUUUUUUAUUUUUUUAUUUUCCAUCAUUCUACAUAUGUGAUAGUGAAAGAUAUGCCUGGAAAAGUUUUUUUUUUUUUUUUCUUUUUGAAAAGGUGUUUAUUUUCUGCUUUGUCUUCAGUUGGCAAAAGCUCCUAAUUCUUUAGCUAUCAGUUUCUUUUCUUUUCUUUGUCAGGUAAUUAAAGGUAUGUAAACAUUAUCUCAUGUAGCAGGGGAUUUUCAUGUUGAGAGGAAUCUUCUGUGUGGCUUUGGUCACACAACACUUUCUCAAUUUUAGGAGUUUGGAUUGUCAAAUGUAGGUUUUUCUCAAAGGGGACAUGUAACUGUACAGACUGACUGCCAAGAACUAUGACUAUAGCACUAAUCAGCAAACGUCGAGCCACACAGCUAUUUAAUUUCUAACUCUCUGUGGUUCCUAGCCAAAUUCCGUUGAUGUGCUUAGGUUAAAGUUCUGAAGAUACCCGUUGUACCCUUACUUGAAAGUUUCUAAUUUUAAGUUUUAUGAAAUGCAAUAAUAUGUAUCAGCUAGCAAUAUUUCUGUGAUCACCAGCAACUCUCAGUUUGACUUUAAAGUCUGAAUAAUGAAACAGAUUCCAGCGGUAGUGCAUUUCUUGAAUCUCCGAGUGCAUGGUAUAUCUUUUCAUUCUGAUCUUGUAUUCGCAACAAUAUAUACAUGUAUCUCAUAGCUCCUUUUUAUUCAUUUGUUUUCCUAUUAACCUGUAGUAAAUAUAUUAGUUAGUACAUGGAACUUAUAGCAUCAGCUACCCCCAGGAACAGCACCUCACAGGUGGAGAAUAUUUUUCAAGUUGUUCUACAUUUGCAUAAAUUAUUUCUAUUAUUAUUCAUGUAUAUUAUUUAUUUCUGAAUCACACUAGUCCUGUGAAAGUACAACUGAAGGCAGAAAGUGUUAGAACUUGCAUUUAACGUUCAUUGUCAUGGUCUUGAUGGAGCUAAGAAAGUAAAAAUUAGACUAAGCCCCCAAAUAAGCUGCAUGCAUUUUUAACAUUAUUAGUAGGUUUGAAUCUAUAGAUGUAGUAUUUUGGGUAUCUAGAUGUUUUAUCAUUAAGUAAAGGAAUUAAAGUACUUUGUAGUUGUUUUUAUUAAGUAUGCAUAUAAUAGAUUGUGAAAAUACAGCAAAAAUAAAAACUAAAGGUAGAAAAGCAUUUCAGAUAUGUCUUAAUUUAGGAACUGUGCCAGGUGGCUCUCGGAGUACAUGCCAGGCAGAGAGUGGUGCCUAGGUGGUGCCUCCUCUUGUCCGGCCUCAUGAAGAAGCUUCCUUCACGUGAUUUGUGCCCUCGUAGGUGUCAUGUGCAGUAGUGGGAACAGGCAAUACUGUUGAGAGGAGAGCAGUGUGAGAGUUUUUCUGUAGAAGCAGAACUGUCAGCUUGUGCCUUGAGGCUUCCAGAACGUGUCAGAUGGAGAAGUCCAAGUUUCCAUGCUUCAGGCAACUUGGCUGUAUACAGAAGCAAUCCAGCCCGGUAAUAAAAAGCAAGGAUUGCCUGUAUAAUAACCGACAAAGUUAUUAUAGCAACCAACAAUUCCCAACGCCUCAAAAGCUUGUUGCAUUUUUUUGGGUAUUUGAGGUUUUGAUCUGAAGGUUAAAGGGCAAGUGUUUGGUAUAGAAAAGCAGUAUGUGUUAAGAAAAGAACAAUAUUGGUUCCCGUAGAGUGCAAAUUAGAACUAGAGAGUUUUAUAGGAUUGUCAUUGUAAGAUGUGUUAAAGUAGGUUUUCACUGUAAAAUGUGUUAGUGUUUCUGCAUUGCCAUAGGGCCUGGUUAAAGCUUUCUACUAGGUUUCAGAAACCUUACUGUGUCAUAUACAGUAAGCUUUUUUCCUUCUGACUUAUGAUAGAAAGUGUUUUGAAAGUAAAAAAAAAAAAAAAAAAAAAAAAAAAAAUUCUUAAUUUGGAAAUUUUGACUUGUUAAUUGCUGUGUUUGAAAUCACAGUUCUAGAAAUGUAGAAAUUAUGUGUAUCAGAUACUAAUCUAGGCCGUGUGAACCAGCCCAAGAUGACCAACAUCCCCACACCUCUGCAUCCCUGUCCCCUGCAUCUCUUCCUCUCUACCACUAAAGUGCUCCCUGCCACCAUCCUGGCCUGUCCACAUGGUGCUCUCCAUCCUCCUCCACACCAGGGACCACAGCUGUGCCUGGCUAGGCCUGGCCACCACUCCUAACUUGACCUCUGGCUAGCCAGGUUCAUCAAGAGAUGGUUCCUGAUGCUGGGCACAGACUUUGCUCAUGGCACCCAUUAGAAAUGCCUCUAGCAUCUUUGUAUGCAUCUUGAUUUUUAAACCAAGUCAUUGUACAGAGCAUUCAGUUUUGGCUGUGGUACCAAGAGAAAAACUAAACAAAAAUAUACACCACAUUCCAGGCUGCUGUUUUCUCUCCACCUACAGGCCAUACUUUUACUGUAUUUCUUCAUACUUGAAACUCAUUCUGCUAUUUUCAUAUCAGGGUACAGACUUAUAAGGGUGCAUGUUCCUUAAAGGUGCAUAAUUAUUCUUAUUCCGUUUGCUUAUAUUGCUACAGAAGGCUCUGUUUUGGUGCUUUGAGUUCUGCAGACCCAAGAAGCAGUAUGGAAAUUCACUGCCUGGAACACAGUCUUUUAAGAAUGUUGGCAGGUGACUUGGCAUCAGAUGUUGCUUCUUCUCUUUUAUUUGUACACAAGAUUGAGAUUUACCACACUGGCCUGUCAGGUCCACCCUGUGGGUACAGCACAGCUCUCUGAAAGCAAGGAUCCUCCUACCUAUUCUAACAUUUUUGCCCUCUAAGAAAAAUGGCCUCAGGUAUAGACAUAGCAAGAGGGGAAGGGCUUUCUCACUCUAGCAACCAUCCCUCCAUUCCGCACAGAAAGCCCUCUUGAAGCAAAAGAAUAAGAAAGAAAGAAAGCUUAUCUCUAAGGCUACUGUCUUUAGAGUGCUCUGAGCUAAGUGUUCUUGCUCCCUUCCCAAGAGGCCAAUGAAAAUAUAGGCCAGUUUAUCUAGACCCUUCUCAUCUGAGGGGGAGAAUAGAAAAGAAGGUAAAUAUGUAACGUAAAAUAUGUCAGUCAAGGACCACCAAAACUUUUGUUACAUACCCUAUCAUUAAAAAUGUGUUUUUAAAAGUAGCUCAAGUAAGGGAUGCUUUAUGACCCUGGGUUUCUGAAGUCAGAUAGCCAUUCUUGCCUGCCCCUUACUCUGAUUUAUUGGGAGAGGGAGAACUGCAGUAGUGAUUCUGUUGCAGUGGCAAAGGUAACAUGUCAGAAAAUUCAGAGGGCUGCAUACCAAUAAUCCUUUGGAAACUGGAUGUCUUACUGGGUGCUAGAAUGCAAAUUUAGGUAUUUAUUGUCAGAUGGUAAAAUCCAUUGUUUUUUUCAAAAAUUGGUGUUGAAAUAUCAUUAUCCAAUGUGUUCACUUAUGUGAAAGUUAAAUUGAAUGAAGCAAAAAGAGAAAAUAGUUUGUAUUUUGUCAUGCCUUUUGUAAUUCUUACAAUAAAAAUAUUGGUAGCAAAUAAAAAUAAUAAAUAAUUUUAAACUGCUUUCUGGAGAUGAAUUACUCUCCUGGCUAUUUCCUUUUUCACUUGAAUGUAAAGUGAGUAUAACUGUAGUGAGUAACAGUUCACUAAAUUGCAAGUUUUAACAGAA